CGUACCCAUCGCUGCUGCGCGUUCAACCUGCUAGAUCUCUCACCUUUUGCAGCUAACGGGUUUUAAUUACUCGGGAUACACCUACGUGGAAUUAAACCCUGGGGGGCUUUGGUAGAGCACGGCCUAACCGCAAUUACCCGUAAUGGCGGCAGCGCUGCCCCGCUCCCCACAGCGGGAGCCUCAUCAAUCAGCCCUCCGCUCCGCCCCGCCUCUUUAAGGCUUACAUUGCAGGGGAAUGGCGGCGGUUCGUGGUGCUGUUGCAGGGUGGCCGGGUGGUUCUGGUCAUUGCAGCUCAGUUCAGUCCGUCACGGAGUGUCCCCGGGCGUUACAAAGCGGCCCCAGAGCCGCAUCCCCUGUGUUAAGAGCAUCCUCCUGCCCCCCAGUUCAUCAAAGCAUCGCAGCAGCGUCUCCUGGCGGCAGUACAGCGCUGUGUUGGUGUAAAUACCUCAGCUUACACACAUAGAAGCGGUCCUGGGAGCUCAGUUUCACUUUCGAACAGCCUGAUGACAUCCACACACCCUGACAUUUAAUCAUCCCUGUUGGUUUUAAGUGGCGCCUUUAGGUACUUCCUACCCGGUCAGCAUCAGUCAGAAACAUCUCACUUCACGUUUCUAUCAUCCUCUUUCAGAUCUGCUCCCAUUCCGUACUCAAUGACUGCACCCUUUUCCCACUGGGAUCGCUUCUGUUUUAAAGGAAAACAGAACGGGGAACUGAAUCACAUGUGCUCCAGUUGCUGCUCACACAGCAGGGAAGAAAUAGCAUGGGAGACCGAGUUCCCUUAGAGCAGCUGUAGUCAGAGACUUAGUGGCUGUGUAACGACCCACCUUUCUAACUCUACUGAAAUUGAACUACAUGGAGCUCUGGUGACUGGGCUGUUACUCGGUGCUUGUCAUCAUGUUGGCAGAAGGCAUCUUAACUAGGCUCAUAUAUAAAGAUAUCUGUCAUCAAGAUAAGCCUCGCAAAUCUCAUGCAGCCAAAAAGGAUAAAGGGGGAAUCUGGAGAGAGAAACUUGGAGACAACCCAAAAAUUAAAGGAUCUGAUGAUGGACUUGAGAAUCCAGACAAGAUUUCUGCUGAAAGUAUCAGCAUGGAAAACAAGAAUGGUCUUCAACAGAGAUCCACGACAGAGUUACCUGAAGUAAUACAGAAUAGAGCAGUUAGGAGAACUGUAUCACGGGCUUUGCAUAUCCCUGUUAGAGAACAAAAUAAUGAACAGACAUAUUUGUGUCGAUCCUGGUCUUGCAACAGCAUUUAUCAGAACUACCCUGACUUACAUAUUGGGGGAGACCACGUGGGAGACCAUACAUGUGAUUCAGGUUGUGUUUUGGACCCUGUGUCUGAUGAACUUUCUGACGGCCCCGUUAUACUGUCAGUAGAUAUUCCUCUCGGUCAGUCCCCGCUGUGUGAGCAUCCUGAAAAGCCAGGUGUAAAUUCCCCAGCUGGAGAUGAAGCUGGAGAAAGGAGCAUGAUGUUCUGUGAGAAGCCUCUUUCAAACUCUCUGCUCAACAACUAUAUGGAAGCAAAAGUGGCAGAGCUCUAUAAGCAGCUUUUUGAUGAAAUCUUGACCAGGUGUGGAUCUGUAAGAAACCUCCUCACUUGCAGUUUUAUACGAAGUAAUGUGGAUCAGAUAAGCUUUCAGAUAUCCCAGGAGCAGAAUAUAGAAACAUCAAAAGCCAGAGAAGUGCUCUUACAGUCUUUAGCUUUGUUUAGUUUGCGCAACGCUACCAACAGAAGUAGCUCUGAGUUUAGUACUCCAAAUCUGCAAAUAUCAAACCCAGCAGGUGUGAGAAAAAGCUGCAGGACGUGGUUUGCAUCAUGUCUGAACUGCUCAGCUGAAGAGAUGAACACAGGUCAUAUUCCAGGGUCUCACUCUAAGGAUUAGGUUGGAAAACAAAAGCAUGUAGGCAUCACAGACCUUUUCAACUGUUCUAGUGCUUAAGCCAUACUUUGUCUAUGAUGAUCAUUAGCAGAGGAAAUAAAGGUCACUGUUCUCUUUUUUUCUCAUGCAGGAUUUGAAAUGCAUUCAUCUCUAAAAUUCUAUUUGAUUUCCUUGUAAAAAUGUGUCUGACCUCCUUGUGAGACUCUGUCUGUAUGAGUAAUGUCCUCGUGUUUCAUUGGAUUUACUCCUGCAAGAGUAAUCAAUCAAGGCAGGAGCGCUGCUAAAGCUUCUAUCUAGGAGGCUGAUCCACCCACCUCUAAGUAGGAGUCUCUGCUGGACUUUGGAUUGCACUAUAGAGUUGAAGCUCAAGUUUUGGACAUUUAAGUACAAGUUUUGCUUCUGCAAAGCUUGAUCCCAAUGGCUGGGAAAAUAUUUCUUUGGUUUGAAAAUCUUGUCAGCAGAGGGAGAUGCUCAGGACUGAAUUAUUUUGCGUUUGGAAUCAUACACAGGAAAAUGUAUCAACAUGAAACAUCAAGCAAGGCACUCAUUGCAUAUGUAUGUUUAUACUGCAUUGAUAGAUAGGGUAUGUCACAGUGAAAGCCCAGGUGAGAGAGCCAAUAAACAAUACUUAUGGAAUCACAAGCUUCCAAAACAUCUGCUGAUGUACUAGUUAAGUCACCUCAUCCAGGUCAUGGUGGCACUCAGUGCAUUGCAAUGGGAUGAGUUGUAGAGCAGAGCUUCUCAGUGAAGCUUGCCAUUGAAUAGCUGGCAUAAACCAAACCCAUCGUUACUUUUGAGACAUCUCCUAAACUCUGAUGCAUAAUGUGUGCAUUUUUUAGAUCUCUGUCAACCCUUCAGGAGAAUAUGAAAGAUCGUGUGAUCUCUGGGUAAUAAUACAUCAAAUGCAAACAUAUUUGUGUUUGUAAAUCAAGGCCCUUGACAUCCCAUCAUUCCUUUGAAGAGAUCAAAGGUUUUAUUUAUUUCUUUAUUUAUUUUAAUGCAGCAUCUUCAGUUCUUGGGCUUUUUUAAAAUCGAGUGCUGGAUUUUAUAAAGAAAAUACCACUGAGCAUGAAAGAAGAUCGGCAUUCACAAGGAAUUCACCUUUGAGCUCUUGAAUUCAAGUAAUUUAGCUUCAUUAGUUGCAUUUGCUGUAGUAGAAACUGUGUUUUAGGGCUUAGAGUUAAAAUUGUACCUGUUUUGGCCUAUAGAGAGAAAUAUAUUUGUAUGAAAACAAAGUACACUGGACCCUUCAUGAGCUGUAGGCGUACAGAGAUUGCACUGUCAUGGCAUGGGGCUUUUUGUAAGGUGGCAUUGAGACACCAGUGUGGGCAGUCGCUGUAUGUGAUGUCACAUGGGCUGCUGAACGUAGCAGCAUGUGUUAUGGAAAGGGAACUACAAAACUUUCAUGUAUCCCAAGAUUUUAACCCUUUCUAAAACCUCUCAAUCUUUUUUAUGGUUGGUGGAACUUGAGUAAAGUGAAUUUCUGUACAUAAGACCUAGCAUGCAUUCAGAUACAAGCAAUGGAUUUCAUAGGGUAUGUGUGUUCAAAUUUGAGACCAAACCUCAAAGCUCCAAAACGAACAUUUCCCUAAGCUGCCUUUGAAAAUAAAUCCUAUUUCUGCUCUUUGCA